ACAGAUACGAAUAAAGAAUUAUCUAGAUAUUUUAUGCGAAAAAAUUUGUUAUCAGCAUGAGUUCUGUUUCAUCCAGCUCCGGGCAGAGAUGGAAUCCGAAAAAUCUUGAAAUCCGUACACUUUCUGUAGAGAAGACCUUGGAACCUCUUGUCGUUCAAGUAACGACUUUGGUCAACACAAAAGGACCAUCGAAUAAGAAAAAGGGCAAGAGCAGAAGUCCCAAGGUUUUAGUCGGUGCUGUUGAAAAAGCGACUGAUACUUUUAUCGCAAAAGGAACAGAAAUUGCGAAGGAAAAUACAGAAUUACGAAAGGAAUUACAAGAAGCUGUGGACGAUACUCGCAAAGAUGGUGAAACAAUGUCCAGAGCUUCUCAUGAGUUUGCUGAUGACCCAUGCUCUUCUAUGAAGCGAGGAAGUAUGGUGCGAGCUGCCAGAGCUCUGCUAUCUUCUGUCACUAGGCUUCUGAUUCUUGCUGAUAUGGCUGAUGUUCUGAACCUGCUCAAACGUCUUCGUAUCACCCAGCAAAGUAUGAGUAGAGUGAAGGAUUCACAUGAUCAGGAUGAGCUGUUGAGGAACUUUAAAGAAUUUGGAAGAGAUCUUGUUGAGUUGAAUCAUGCAACAGCACUUCGUCAGAAUGAUUUGAAAGAUCAAAGAAGACGAGAAGAUCUUGCUGCCGCUCGUGGUGAAAUUAAGAAAAAUAGCAUGAUGUUGUACACUUCUUCUCAAGCAUAUCUGAGACACCCUGAAGUUGCGGCUGCCAAAGCCAAUCGUGAUUAUGUGUUUCGCCGUGUUGAAGAGGCUUUGGGACGUAUCUCUGAUACUGUACAGGCCACUGGAGAAUCUCAUCCUCGCCCUGAAGAAGGAACAGGAGAGCUGGCUUAUGCAUUAGAUGAAUUUUUGGACAAGAUUGACAUGGAACCGCUUGAUUUUGAUGAAGCUAGGCAUAGACCAACUUUGGAAGAGAGGCUGGAAAGUAUAAUCAGUGGUGCUGCACUCAUGGCAGAUUCUUCGUGCACUAGAGAUGAUAGAAGAGAAAGAAUUGUUGCCGAGUGUAACGCUGUACGUCAAGCAUUGCAAGAUCUUUUGCAGGAGUACAUCAACAAUGCUGGGAAAGAAAAUCCAUCUGAAAACCUUGAAAAAGCUAUUGAUCACAUGGUACAGAAAACGAAAGAUUUACGCAGACAGCUUCGUAAAGCAGUGGUGGAUCAUGUUUCUGAUUCAUACCUUGCUAGCAAUGUUCCAUUGCUCGUCUUGAUUGAGGCUGCCAAGAAUGGAGAUGAAAAGCAAGUCAAGGAAUAUGCUCAAGUGUUUCGUGAACAUGCUGGCAAACUUGUUGAGGUUGCCAAUCUUGCUUGCUCAAUGUCAAAUAACGAAGAAGGGGUUAAGAUGGUUAGACUGGCUGCAAAACAAAUUGAUAGCCUGUGCCCCCAAGUCAUCAAUGCAGCUUUGACCCUCGCAGCACGCCCCAGAAGUAAAGUAGCUCAAGACAAUAUGGAUGUCUUCAAGAAGGCAUGGGAAACUCAAGUUGGUAUCUUGACUGAGGCUGUGGAUGAAAUCACUACAAUUGAAGAUUUCUUGGCUGUCUCAGAGGCUCAUAUACUGGAAGAUGUCACUAGCUGUGUGAUGGCACUGCAGCAAAAUGACUACGAAGUCCUGGACCGAAAGGGUGGUGAUAUCAGAGGUAGAUGUGCUCGUAUUGUACAAGUUGUCAAUGCUGAAAUGGAUAAUUACGAACCAGAUUACAGUAUCAAUAGAGUAUUGGAAGCAUGUCAAACUCUGCAAACUCAAGUGAUGCCUUCAUUCGAAGCAGUUCUUGAAACAUCUGUUGGAAAUCUUUCAAAGGAUCCACCUGAAGAUCCACAAGAGAAUGAAUUCAUUGACACUUCUCGUCUUGUUUAUGAUGGAGUGCGUGAGAUAAGACGUGCUGUACUACUGAUUAAGAAUCCAGAAGAUAUCGAAGACUCUGAUUAUGGUGAAGUCGUUGAAGGAUUGUCAGAAGUUGGAGGAAGUAGAGUCAGUGGACAGACCAUUGAAACUAAUACUGGGGAUCCAAGUGAUCGUGCUAAGAUGAGAGAGCUUCCAGAAGAAGAAAAAUUGAAGAUCAAAGAACAAGUACAAGAAUUUGUAAAAGAGAAGCAGCUUCUUGAUAUUGAGGUUUCCAAAUGGGACGAAUCAUCCAAUGAUAUUAUCGUACUUGCUAAACAAAUGUGCAUGAUUAUGAUGCAGAUGACUGACUUCACUCGUGGAAAAGGUCAAUUGAAAAAUUCGACUGAUGUCAUCGCCGCAGCCACGAAUAUUGCUGAUGCAGGAAGCAGGUUGGAUGAGCUUGCCAGAUCCAUCGCGGAUGUCUGUCCCGAUUCGUCUGCCAAGCGUGAUUUGCUUGCUUAUCUGCAGCGUAUUACUUUAUGUUGCCAUCAGUUGAAAAUGUGUUCCAAAGUCAAGGCUGAGGUGCAAAAUAUCGCUGGUGGUGAAACCGUUUUGUCUGGUUUGGAUAGCGCAACCUCUCUUAUUCAGGCAGCCAAGAAUCUGAUGAAUGCUGUUGUAUUGACAGUGAAGGCUUCUUAUGUAGCAUCAACCAAGUACAGAAAACAUACUCAAUCUGACUUGAAGAUUGUCAUGUGGAAAAUGAAGGCACCUGAGAAGAAACCACUCAUUCGAAAUGAGAGAAAGAAUGAAGUUAGAACAGCUCCUGUUCGCAGACAGUCUCAGAAAAAGCUCAAUCCUGCGAAAGCACUCAGUGAGUUCAAGGCUGAACUCUGAAGAAGAUGAUGAUAAACCCAUGAGAUAGCUGAAUUUGAUGUCACAAAAUUUCUGUAAAUUUUUAUCAGUUAUUAACAAUUUUUAUGUCUAGCUUAUCAAGCUUUAUCAAAUGUUUUAGAAUUGUGAAUUGAAUGUGUAUUUGGUGCCUUAGACAACUUUUUUACCGUUAGCGCAAAACAUGAUGUAUUUGAUGCUUUUUGCACAAAUUCGUUUGAAAAUGAUUGAUGGUGCUUUUAUUUUCAAAUAUAAAUAUUUCUUGGCUUAAUCCGUUGAACUUGAUUUUGUUGCAAUCAUAAUUAUCAUCAAUUUCAACCGAACCAUAGACAUUACAGCAAGUACUACGCAUGUAAUUUUAAUGUAAGAUAUGUUUUCCAAACUACAAAUUCAUUUUUUUUAAUUGGUUUAAAUUUGCAAUUUCUUUAAUAAAGUGAUCAAAUGACCAAAUGUUAUCAAUAAAUGAAGUACAUAUAUAUUUCCAAUAAAUUUGCAAGUUAUUUUUUUCUCAAAACAUUGUUUGGAACUAACCAUUGUAAAGUUAUGACACCAGGAACAUUGUGUACAUUUUUUAACUGUAGUUUAUUUUUUUUCCUGAUAUUGUAUAGCAUUGUUACAAUAUUCAUAUUAUGGCUUACUUUUUCAUAUUAUCAAAUUUGGUGCUGACAUGGUACAAUUUUUGUGUUGUAGUUGUAGAAAAGAAUGUGACACUUUUGAAUUGUGUAUGUACAUAUUUACUUAUACAGUAUAAUAAACUGAAAUGUACAAAUACAAGGUGUUCGUUAAGUCCUAAAAUUUUUCAAAUUGUAACGGGAACUUAUCGAUGGUUUGUUGGCCCCUACAGCCAUAUAAUAAUUAAAGGAAAAUAAAGUUUGUUUUACCUGGUUAAGAUAUAUCGAAAACGGACUUUAUGAACACCCUGUAUAUAUGAAAUUUUGAUUUGAUCAUCCUUUUUUAAUUAACGAAACCAGUACUACUGACCACUUUUUGUUAACAUAACUAUACUCGAAAGUCAAAUAUUUUCAUAAACCGGAAUUAUAAGGAAAAUCGAUGUGAUAAUUUUGAUCUUGCUGGGUUUUGAAAACUGACGAAUAUAUUAUGAUGUUCGAUUUCAUUUUAAUAUCUAAUCAAUGUAAUCAUACUAUCUUUUGCUCUUCCAUAAAAUAGAGGUACAUUUUAUCAAACAUUGUAUAAAUAUCCAGCAUUGUUCAACUACUUUCUAGUGUGGGAAUGUUCAUAUUACGACCAUUUUUGAUCUGACCAAUUUUGAACUGUAUAGUGUAGACAUUCCACUGCCUUUUUGUAUAUAUUGGAUGAUUUUAUUUGUUGAUCAUGUUACCCAACAGAUAUAAAUGAUAAUUAUGUGAAUUUUAUUGUUUUUUUUUAUAAGGAAUAGUGCUUGUAUUUUUUUUUGUUAGGUCAUAGGUAAUUUGGCGUUAUUGUUGGUCUUAGUGCUCGCAUAUUGAUAUGCUUUUUAGAGAUAAAAAAAGGUUUAAGGUAACUCUGUUUCAUUUUAUAUAUGUGAAAUGGCCAUGGGAUUGAGUUUUUUCAGUCUGUCCUUCUGUUAUUUUACUCCCCUCAUGUCAAAAAAGCACUUGCUGCCAAUCUUCUCUACACUGAUAUGAUAAUUUGUAUAAUCCAACCGAGGCUAUCAAGUUUUCUAGCUAGGUAUUGAAUUAAGAGGGUUGAUGUUCCCAUGAAUUGAGAAGUUUUCUGUUUUAGAAUAUAUGGUGAUCUUAGGUACUAAAUCAUGUAUGUGAACUGACUUUUGCUUUUAUAACCCAAUGCUUUUAUGUGUGCUCUUAUAAUUACUGUAUAUAUUGUAUUGUAGA